CCCGCCCCACUCCAGUCCGCAAACCCACACGGGUUUCAAGUUUAGGAUUUGAUGUUGUCGCUGCCCACAGACGUUCGCUGGGACAACUCCGAGAGGCCAUGUGCUAGUCCCCCUUAGGAAGUGGGAGAAAUCCCUGCAGCUCGGUUUUGUUCCAAUGGUCUGUUCAGUGAGUGAUUCCCGUUUCCCCAAAGGCUGCCCCUCAUUAGCAUGAACGGGGGUGGGGGUGUGGAGAAGGGGUGGGGGGAGAGAAAGAGCAAAAGCCCAGGCUCCGUUUUAGAGCCUGGGAACCGUGCGUACGAAAAUGACAGCUAGAGCUUUCUGGCUCCUCUGUUUGAUCGUUGGAUCCUCUCCCGAAGCCCCAGUGGCGGAGAGAAAAGCGUCGCCGCCCCCCAACAGGAAGCCCGACCCCGGCGGCGGCCCGAGUGCGGAGGAGACGCCGGGGCCCCGAGCGCAGCCGGUCCCUGAGGUGCCGCGGCGGCCGCGCGCGGCCGAGGCCGCUCCCCGCGCUUGGUCCGACCCGCGACGCCGGAAGCCCCCGCCGCCCGCCGAGAACCGGGCCGGCUUCCGGGAGGCCGCGCGCGCGCCCGCCGGCCCGCCGAGCCCCCGCCUCGCGCAGGCCGAGAACCGCGCCUCGCCGCGCCGCGUGCCCGCGCUGGAGGACUCCCCGCGGCGCUCACGCGCCCGGGCCCUGCGCUUCCCGACCGCGCGGUCGCUCGCGCGCGCCGCCGAGGCUCCCGCCAGCCCCGCCCACCCCAACCGGCCGCGCGCCGCCGCGCCGCCCCCGGGGCCCGAGCCCGCGCCACCCCCGCGCCUCAGCCCGCCGCGGAGGGACGCGGAUCCCGGCGCCGAGCCCUGCGCGCGCGCCUGCAGGGUGGACCUGGACGAGCGCGAGUCCUACUGCGCGAGCGAAUUCGCAGUGAACGGAAUCGUGCAUGACGUGGACGUGCUCGGCACAGGGAUCCGGCUGGUGACUCUGCUGGUGGACCGGGAUGGGCUGUACAAGAUGAACCGCCUGUACAUCACUCCGGACGGGUUUUUCUUCCGAGUCCACAUACUAGUCCUAGACUCCUCCAGCUGCAAUAAGCCAUGCCCAGAGUUUAAACCUGGUAUUGAAACUGAUCUGAACACUUUAUAUACGGAUUUUGUGCCACCACUUGUAACUUGGAUGCCACAGCCUGGAAGCAGGUAUAUUGUGAUGGGCCAUAUCUACCACAAGAGACGCCAGCUCCCUACAGCUCUGCUCCAGGUCCUGAGAGGACGGCUCCGACCAGGAGAUGGAUUGCUCAUGAGUGGCAGCAGCUACGUGAAGAGAUUUAACCGAAAAAGGAAUGGGCAAGUUCAAAGUGCCGUUCAUACCCAGUGCGUUUGAAAAUGUACUACCCUCGCACUGCUGGAUUGUAAGAGACAUGUCGCAUUCAGCAACAAGACAGGAGAGGUCUGUCUUCACGGAAUGGGGUCUUCCUGUGGAGGAGGGCACACAGCUCCUUCUGGAACGGAUUGUGUAGUUCCAACUCUAAUCUCGAAGUCGCCACUUUAUUUGCAAAAUGGCUCUUCAGUGGUAUGCUUCUGAGGUCCCUGGCAAAGUUACUGGAGUCUAGUGGCAUUUAUUCACACAGCUCAGAUAACUGACCUGUCCAGUUAGCAGAUCACUGCUUCAUGUGGUUUAUUUUUAAUUAUUUUAAUUUAAAUACAUUCUUCAGUAGAAAGUUCACAAAAAAGCAUUUCCUUGAUUUUAAAUAUACAACUUUGAAUAGGUUAUAUCACAUUAUCAAACCAAGUUUCAUUCUAAAACCAUCACAUUUUAAAUUCUGUACAUAACAGCGCACUAGUCAAAAGACAUGUAUGAAAUGUCAUUUAGAUCAAAACACUAGGGUCAGAACUCAAGACAAGUAUUCAAGUUUUACACUUAAAGAGUACUAACGGGCUUAAUUCAAGCAAAAUAUUAUUCAAACAAGUGUUCCUGAUGUAACAAAAUGUAAGAAAUAGUUAUUCUCUUCCCUCCCUGCUCCUAAAAACAAUUUGUGCCAAACUGGCAACUGUCCCAAUGCUAAACAUAUUCUGGGUGUAUCUGAUGUCAUUUUUCUAUUAAGACAGAGUAUCGUGUUUGUGUUUGUAAAGUAGUAAAUCUUGCCUUGAAAUCAGA